GACUGAGUUAAACUUGCAAUAGUUAAUGGCCUCCACGGACAAGUCACCAGAACCGAGUUCGGCAAAGGGUCCGGAACCAACUCCUGGAAAGGCGAUGGGAGUGGGACAACACAUGAUCGACAAGGGUGCAAUGAUGAUACAGUCACUGGAGCCCAUAAAGCAGAUUAGUCACCACGCGUGUUCCUUCGCCAUCUAUAGCCACGACAUGUCUCGCCAGAUAGAGACUCACCACUACUGCUCCAGACUUCACCAAAAUCUCAUCCAAUGCGCCGUCUACGAUUCUGAUGAAUCUGAUGCUCGUCUUUUCGGUCUUCUUUUUUUCACUCUCAUUUUGUUUCAACUUUCUCAAAACUUAAUAUAUGAUUUUGCUGUAACCUGUAACCUGUAACCUGUAACCUGUAACCUGUAACCUGUAACCUGUAACCUGUAACCUGUA